GAACUUUCGCUAUUUCCAUCCAUAUCUUCAAUAUUUUCUUCCUCCAUGCUUGCAUGUGUACUUGUUUGACCUCUGACCCUGCCAGAAAACAUGAUCGAGCCACAAAUAAUUUGCAAUUUACUUACCGCAUUUGUUAUCUUUUAAGUAAUAUUUUUCAAACUAGAAUUGAUGAAUAUUGUGAUCAUAAGAUAUAGAGUAGGUUAAAUUGCGAAUAUAUAUAUGUGUAAGGAACUGGAUUUGUGAUGUGUAAAUAUUUAUUUUAUGUUGAUCGCUUAGCUUGUUCUGUGCUUCACUACUGUAAACAAUAUGGCGGACCAUUGGGGAGAAAAAAGGGGAUCCCAGUUCCCAACAAAGUUCAAUACUCUCCCAAGUAUAAAUUCCCGCGGGUCGCCACAACCAAGUAUAGACAACCAAGUUAUACCAUAUGGGGCUGGUAGACAAGAUAGUCCUGUUAGAAUUGGUGGGCAAUACCCCGAUUCCUCCUCUGACGCUGUAAAACAACUAGAAUCUCGAUUGGCUGUUACUGAAAAAUCAAACAGAGCACUCUUAGAGGAAGUCAUACGAUUACAAAGUGAAAUAAAAGGCACAGUAAGAAAAAAUGAGGAUAUAUUAAGAGAAGAAAAAUAUUCAAGACAGCAAUUUGAGAACUCUGUGCGAGCAAAUAACGACUUAGUGGCACAGUUAAGCACAAGAUUAAAACGUGCUGAAGAGAAGUUAGCGGAUGAGAGGUCUGCUUUGUCGUCAUUGGUUAAUCACACAAAAGCGGUAGAGCAGGCAGUUAUUGGCAGUCAGCAAGAGUUGGUUACCAGAAGGGAUGCCCAAAAUCUCAAAAUCCAAGAGAUGAAGACUGAACUUGAUGAGACGAUACGUGCCAAGGAUCAACUCGAGCGGGUCUGUUAUGACCUCGCUGAUGAAGUUAGAAGUAUGAAGACCAAGGUGGAUUCCACUUCCAGUGAUCUUUCUGGCACACUGAAUGAACUAAAAAAUAAAUCAAAAAGAAUGGAGGAAGAAAACAGGCAAACGCUACAUUCUGUGAGAAAACAUGGCGAGACCCAACAACAGGCAGAGACAUCUAACUCCCAACUUAGGAACCAAGUAGAAACUAGGCUGUCUGAGCUACGUGAUGUUUUGGUUGAGCUGAGAGGUAAACAAGAUAAGGAAAUACAAGACAGGCGUAUGUUGGAGAACCAGGUCCAAGCAAGGUUGAGUGACAUGGCUGGUCAGUUAGCAGAACAGAACCGUAGACGAGAUGAGGCUAUACAUGCCCUGGAUGCAGUGCAGCGGGAACGUGAGCAUGCAGCAGAGAUUGAGAGACAGAAGCUCCAGGGUAAGAUUGCAGAGGUUGCAGAAGAAGUCAGCAAGAAGCUGCUUGCAAAGGAAAUCAGACUUAGAGAAGAAACACAGGACAAAUUCUCAACUAUGGAAAAGUUAUUAGCCAAUGAACAGGCAGAACGGUUGCGUCAUGAAAAAGAGCACAGAGAGCAGAAUGAGCAGCGAUGGGAUGGACUGAAAAAACUACAAGAUGAUCAACUGCAAAGUAUGAAAGAUAUUAAUAAGCUGGAGAAGCAGAAACAGAAUAAUGCCCUGAACAAGCUGGAUGAGUCACUGAGUUUGAUGGAACAACAGACAGAGGGACAUAGGAAACAGGUGGAAAAAGUGCUUACUGCUGAAAUUAAAUCAAGAAAACAUAGCCAGAAAGAUGCUCUUGAGAAGAUUGAUAACUUGGAAGAAAAACUUGCAGUCGCAAUGUCUACACUGCAGCAGGCUGUGGGUGGCGUCAAUGCUCAGAUGAACGCUCAAGCUGAAAAGAUAAGGAAGGAGCUAGGAGAUUUGUUGGAAGAUAACAAACAGAAUGGGACAAGAAAUCUCGCAGAUAUGGAUGCUCGCAUCACUGCGUGCAAUCAGAGACUCACUAAUAUGGAGGACAGGGUCGACCUCAAAAUAACUACUGCAAUAGCUGGUCAUGCCAACACAACAAGAGAGAAGUUUGACAGUCUGUCAAUGUGGCAAGAGAUCACAAGUCAAACCAUUAAAGACCUCCAAGAGCAGAUGAAAGAACUGCCAAAAGAGGUUACCACCAUGAGUGAUGACAUGAAGAAACUCAAAGAUGAGAUCAACAAACUCAUAAGUAUUGAAUCAAAAUGCCGUGAUCAGGAUGUGGAACUUUUGAAAUUGGAGAUUGAAAAAGCUGUCCUGAGUCUACAGAACAACGAUGGUGCAUCAAAGUCAGAUAUUGAAAUGUGUCAGACCAGUAUACGCAAGUUGGCAGAGUCAAUCCAAACAGUCAAGACAGUCCUAGGAAUGAAGAUUCAGUCAGAACAGAAACUGAGAGACACCAGUAUUUGGGAACUGAAGGAGGAGCUUCAUGAUCUCAACAAAGAGAUAGAGAAACUUGGAGGUGAUCAGUCCCCAAGACAUAAGACACCACCCUCUAAAGUACAAGAUGAUAAUGAUCAGCCACCUGAUAAAAAUGAAGAUCCGACUCAUAAUGAUACCCCUAAUAAAAAUGAUGAGCCUCCUAAUAAACACGAUGAGCUUCCUAAUAAAAAUGAUGAGCCUCCUGGUAAAACUGAUGAUGCCCCUGAUGAGAAUAAGUCAACGGAUAAACCCCUUGAUGAUGAUUCUGAUAAGAACAAGGAUAAACCAAAUGAUCCAAAAUCAGAUGACAAAAAAUCACCCCAUCCUUGGGAUGAUGACGAUGACGACGAUGAUGAUGAUGCUAAAGAUAAUGAUAAAAAAGAAGACCCCCCUAAAUCACCAAGUAAAAAGGAUGAUACCAAUGAUAAAAAGGAUGAUCCAAAAGACAAUAAUGAUAAAGAUAGCAAUAAUGACGAAGAUGCCAAUAAUAAAGACACUGAAAAAGACAAUGAUAAAGACAAUAAGAAAGACACUGACAAAGACAAUAAGAAAGACACUGACAAAAACAAUAAGAAAGACACUGAUAAAGGGGAUGAUCGUGGUCCUGGGGAUGCAAGAUCACCAGAGUGGUAGCUUCUCCAUCUACGUUCAACUAUCUUCUUUCCUGCUGGAACCUUCUAAAACUUGUCCUUAAAAUAGUCUUUGGUGUAAAUAUCCAAAUGUAUGUCUAUAGUCUUGUAGAUCCAAGCUCCUACAUAUAGCACCUAUUACUAGCAUAAUGUUUUAUUUGACUAACAUUUCUUUAUAGAUGACAAUCUGCAAGUAGUUCUUGCAUAUACUGAAUUAACAUAGAAAAAUAAAUAUUCACAUUCCAACCAUGAGGUGUAAAACUACAGAGGCAUGCUUUUUGGGGGGUGGUUGUAGAAAAGCUAAUAUGUCUAACGCUAACUUCUGUUUUCUAUUUUAGGCACUUCAUUACACCUCUAUUAUAGGCACACUCGAUGCAAAAUAACUUUGGAAACAAAUUGCAUGCUUUUUUCCUUCUCUUAAAAACAUAACACGUAGAUCACUGUACAAUAACUUUGCAUUUUCUUGUGUGGUUUGAUUAUUAUCAACAGUAUUAUUUGAGUGAUUUUUAAAACAAAAUACUAUGAAGGAGAAAUAUAAGAUUCCCAAAUAUAAAAUCGGAAUGCUUUUUGCUGAUAGAUUAUAUAAGAUUUUUAAACAUUGCGAUCAAAUGUAAUUAAAUGAAAUUGCUUUGACGAGGAAUGUUAGAUAAAUUAUUAUAUAGGGAGUUCAACUGCUUGAUAUCUCAUUUUCACUGGACAUUAAGGGUUUACUUUCACAAGAUGUCUCUAUUUAAGUGCUGCCAUCUAUUUAAUCCACAGCUCCAUCUAUUAUCACUCAACCUAACUAACAUAACACUAACACUAACCUCCUUCUAGCAUAAUGAAGAGCUCAAACACAUCAACGAAGACAUAGAAAAACUACAAGAUGAGGUGGAAGAAAUACAGAAAGUUGUACGCCAUCCACGCUUGUUUGUGAAAGAUCCCGAUGUAUUGGACCGAGAUGAGGCUGAAAAUGAUACUGAGGCUGUGAACAAGUGGAGUAUUUACACGGCAUAUAGGUGGCUCAACUGGAAAUCUAAGUGGAUGUACUUAAAAUGGAAUUUGGAAUCCAAAAAUCAAAAUGACCCCCACCUCCCACGCUCAAAUAUAAAAGCCCCAGCUUUUGCAGAAAAUAAUGAUAUGGACAAUGAAAACAAUUCAGUUCCAAGUCCAGCCUCUGAUGACAUUUCACACAAAUCUGAACCUGAUACUUCUGACAGUGAAUCUCAGCAAGCAGAUAAAGCUUUCAAAAGAGUUAAAAGUGAAUUACAUAAGCCUGUAUGGUAGGGAAUGUUUUAUAAAAUAAUUCAGCAGAGUCUUGCAUCAAGAUUCUGCUCUGCUUUAGUAUCAAAUACCAUUUUAUGUUUGAGGGAGCAUAGGGGAAUGGGUGUUGGGCUACAUAGGAGCGCAAGACAUACAGUAAAACAUGUUAAACUGAGCAUCUAUGAAACUAAAUUCUCAUUUUUUAUUUUUAUUUAUAUAGCCUAUGUGUAGCCUGUAGAACUUCAAAAAGUUCAGUUGUUUAGGAUUCAGUAUUUUUAAUCUGCCUUCUUUCAAAAAUAUGUCAGAUUCUGAACUACUUUGAAACUUAUUUUUAGGAACUGGUUAAUUUAACCUAGCAACUCUUAAAGACAGGAUUUGCUGUCGAUUUCCAUUAUUACAUGGGGUAUAGCCAGUUAUCUAAUUCAUAUUAUUUUUGGGGGCUAUGUUUGUCUCUUUCUCUGUUAGUGCUUAUUAGGUUUACACUAUACCAAGAUCUCAAUUAAUUAUUAUUGGAAAAAAGAUCUGUGAUAUCAUUGUUUACAGCAUUUUGUAGUGUUAAAGUGAACAUAAAUAUCAUCCCUCAUGCAGGGCCACCCUGUAUCUGUUUUAUUAAAUGAUCUGAUUUAUUGUUGUCACCCUGUACUUACUUGUGAUAACAAAUGAUCUGAAUUUUUGCUGUCUGCUUUACAUGCACAUGUAUAUGUAGUUUAGAUCACAUGUUUUCCACUCUUCAAUCAUAUCAACCUACAUUGAGCUGCCACAGCAUCAUGACUUUGCAAGGAAUCUCUCUGUAUGAUAGCUGUCCAGGGGAUGAGUUCAUUGAGUUGUCUCGGGGUUGACGUUUCUUGGAGUUGACUUGUCUGUAAGCUCAUGAAUAAAGAUGGC